ACGAUGAAACCCUCGUCCUCUCCUGGGUCAUGAUUCAAUUCCACGAUAUCCUAUAUAACUAUAUUUGUCAGAGGAGGGUAAGAACUUCCGUAUCUCGCUCUAGUCUUCUUGUUCGUUUCUGCCAUUCUUCUCCGUUCAAUUCCCUGGUGAGGGCGAGCGGUGAGGGUGAGAAGUCAUGGCUGAAACCUCACCUCAGCCAACCGCAUCAGAGCCGACGCAGCAGCAGCAGCAACCGUCACAAUACUGGUGUUACCACUGCGACAAGCGAGUCUCCGUCGAAACCCUAGCCGACAUAAACGACUUGACCUGCUGCGAGUGCAAGAAUGGCUUCGUGGAGUCCAUCGCCGUCUCCGCCCCUCCAUCCUUGCCUACGACACCUCCGACGGAUUUUAACAGCCUACGGCCCUCCUUCAGCCAACAAUUUCUCCAGGUCUUGCGGUUGAUUGCUCAGUCAUCUCGUGACGAGGAUGCUCCUCCUUCUCCUCCUCAGCUUCCCGAUUCUGCCUCAGAUCCACCUGCGCCGGCUGAAGGCGAUGAUUUUCUCCGGAUUGAGCUUGAUGGAUGGGACAACGACGAUGACGAUGAUGAAGAUGAAGUCGAAUUCAGUAACAUCGAUGCGGAACGAUCUGAAGAUGAGAUUGGGGAGGAAGAUGACGAUCGCGAUCGGGAGGACAAUGAAGGGGAUCGCCGUCGAAGGCGCCGGGACAUCCUUCGGCUCCGGAUCAGGGAUUUUGCCUCUCGCGCUACCAGCGGACGGAACAGGAACCGGAUCCUGGACUGGUCCGAGAUCCUGAUGGGUUUGGAGGACAACUCGAUCGAAUUGCGCAUGGAGAUGCCUGAAUUGGAUGGUUAUGUAGGGAAUCCGGAGGAUUAUGUGGAUGCUGCGGGAUACGAGGCGUUAUUGCAGAACCUGGCAGAGAGCGACGGAGGAGCGAGGAGAGGGGCACCACCUGCGGCCAGAUCUGCAGUUGCGGCGCUGGAGACGGUGGAAAUCACGCUGGAGGAGGGUGGUUUAGUGUGCGCGAUCUGUAAAGAAUCCGUGCCAGUGGGUGCGACAGCGAGGAAAUUGCCAUGUGGGCAUGGUUACCAUGGGGACUGCAUUGUGCCCUGGUUAGAUUCCAGGAAUUCUUGCCCUGUCUGUAGGUUUGAGCUUCCAACGGACGAUCCUGAGUAUGAGGAGAGAAAAAAGAGAUCAACGGCCACUGCCGCAGUUGGACCAUCAGAUUCCGGUAGCAGUGAUCAAUAAUACGGAUUCUGAUUAAUGGACACGGUAUGUUCGUGAUAACUCAUGUUCUUCUUCUUUUCUAUUAUCCCCUUCCUGUAGUUAUUGUGGUUAACUAAGAAACGCUGAUGGAAGGAGAAAUUUGGAACAGAUAUGUUUGUUUUUCUGUUUGUUUUCCCUACUCUCAUAAUUGAUUGUAAAUAUCUCCCCUUUAAACGUUAAUUUGCAUGUUUGGUGUUAUACCAUCUCAGAAA